ACUAGCCAAAAAUCAGAUGAUGACUAUGAAGAUUAUGCUUCUAAUAAAACAUGGGUCUUGACGCCAAAGGUCCCUGAGGGAGAUGUGACUGUCAUUUUAAACAACCUGCUGGAAGGGUAUGACAAUAAACUUCGACCUGACAUAGGAGUGAAACCAACCUUAAUCCACACAGACAUGUAUGUGAAUAGCAUUGGGCCAGUGAAUGCAAUCAACAUGGAAUACACCAUCGACAUCUUCUUUGCUCAGACCUGGUAUGACAGGCGCCUGAAAUUCAACAGCACCAUCAAAGUCCUGCGGCUGAACAGCAACAUGGUGGGGAAGAUCUGGAUCCCGGACACGUUCUUCCGCAACUCCAAGAAGGCCGACGCGCACUGGAUCACCACGCCCAACCGAAUGCUGCGCAUCUGGAACGACGGCCGCGUGCUCUACACGCUCCGGCUGACUAUCGAUGCUGAGUGCCAGUUGCAGCUGCACAACUUUCCAAUGGACGAACACUCCUGCCCCCUGGAGUUCUCCAGCUAUGGCUACCCACGGGAAGAGAUUGUCUAUCAAUGGAAGCGUAGCUCCGUGGAGGUGGGUGACACGAGGUCCUGGAGGCUUUACCAGUUUUCAUUCGUCGGGCUGAGAAACACCACUGAAGUGGUGAAGACAACGUCUGGAGACUACGUCGUCAUGUGUGUCUACUUCGAUCUGAGCAGAAGAAUGGGCUACUUCACCAUCCAGACCUAUAUCCCCUGCACGCUCAUCGUUGUCCUGUCCUGGGUAUCUUUCUGGAUCAAUAAGGAUGCUGUACCAGCCAGAACAUCAUUAGGGAUCACCACCGUCCUGACCAUGACCACCCUCAGCACCAUUGCCCGCAAGUCUCUCCCCAAGGUGUCCUACGUCACAGCCAUGGAUCUCUUUGUAUCUGUUUGCUUUAUCUUUGUCUUCUCUGCUUUGGUGGAGUACGGCACCCUGCAUUACUUUGUCAGCAAUCGGAAACCAAGCAAGGACAAAGACAAAAAGAAGAAAAAUCCUCUUCUCCGGAUGUUUUCCUUCAAGGCCCCCACCAUUGACAUCCGCCCGCGAUCAGCAACCAUUCAAAUGAACAAUGCCACACACCUUCAAGAGAGGGAUGAAGAGUAUGGCUAUGAGUGUCUGGAUGGCAAGGACUGUGCCAGUUUUUUCUGCUGCUUUGAAGACUGUCGAACUGGAGCCUGGAGACAUGGGAGGAUACAUAUCCGUAUUGCCAAAAUGGACUCAUAUGCUAGAAUCUUCUUCCCCACAGCCUUUUGCUUGUUCAAUCUGGUGUACUGGGUCUCCUAUCUUUACCUGUGAGGAACUAUAGGUUUUAGUGAUAUGGGUCUGACUCGCUAAAUCUCAUGGAAAGAUGUCCUUUCUAAGU